UCGAGCGCGGCCUCCGCCUUCCUGCCACCCCCACGGGGACAGCGCCGGGACCCCCCUGGCGUGGCCCCCGUGUCCCCGGCCGUGUCCCCCGCGCUGUCCCCGGCCGUGUCCCCAUGUCCCUGGCGCUCAAGGCCCGGCAGCGGGCGAGGCGCAAGGGCGGCUCCCGGGAGCGGCUCUUCGGCUGCGACCUCCGCGAGCAUCUCCAGCGCUCGGGGCAGGACGUGCCGCAGGUUCUCCGGAGCUGCACGGAGUUCGUGGAGCAGCACGGGGUGGUCGAUGGCAUCUACCGCCUGUCCGGGGUGUCCUCCAACACCCAGCGGCUGCGGCAGGAGUUCGAGGCGCAACGCAGCCCGGACCUGUCGCGGGACGUUUACCUGCAGGACGUUCACUGCGUCAGCUCCCUGUGCAAGGCCUACUGCCGCGAGCUGCCCAACCCCCUGCUCACCUACCAGCUCUACGACAAGUUCGCCGACGCCGUGGCCAUCCAGAUGGAGGAGGCGCGGCUGGUGAAGAUCAAGGAGGUGCUCAAGGAGCUGCCGGCGCCUCACUACAGGACGCUGGAGUUCCUGAUGCGGCACCUGCUGCGCAUGGCCGCGCACAGCGGGCGCACCAACAUGCACGCGCGGAACCUGGCCAUCGUCUGGGCCCCCAACCUGCUGCGCUCGAGGGACAUCGAGGCCUCGGGGUUCAACGGCACGGCGGCGUUCAUGGAGGUGCGCGUGCAGUCCAUCGUGGUGGAGUUCAUCCUCACCCACGUGGAGCAGCUCUUCGGGGACGCGCCGCUCCGAGGUGGGGACUGUCCCAGGGGGGGGCUGCUCCUGCCCGGGGGUGCGGCCCCCCUGCACGUCCCGGCCGCGCUGAGCCAGGGCGACGGCCCCCCCCAGAUGCGGCCCUACCACACCAUCAUCGAGCUCGGCGAGAACAGGAGCAAGGGCUCUCUCAAGGCCAAGAAGUGGAGAUCCAUCUUCAACCUGGGCCGCUCCGGGCACGAGGCCAAGCGGAAACCGGGGAAGGCGGAGGAGAAAGAGAAGUGUGGGAAGGUCACCCUGCGGCCGGCCAAGAGCAUGGACUCGCUCAGCUCCGGCCCCUCCGGAGCGUCCGGCUCGGACGCCGCGCGGCUGCUGCCGAAGCUGUCGGUGAAGCUGCGGCCGCAGCGGCAGCACAGCUCGGACGCGGCCCCCGCGGCCCCGGAGCCGCCCCCGGAGCUGGACGAGAGCCUGGAGGAGCCCCUGGAAGCGGCGGCCGAGAGCAGCACCAAGUCGGAGCCCACCACCCCCAAAGCCCCCCGGGCGGGGCCGGGGGUCUGCGGCCGCUCCCGCGCCGAGAAAUGCGCGGGGCUCCACAUCUCGGGCCCCUUCUCGGUCACCGUCCCCUUCCACAUCACCUCCAACCUGUCCCGCCUCACCCGGGGGCUCCCGUGCCCCGCGCUGGAACGGGAACAGACCCCCGGCAGCCCCCCCGAGCCCGCCCGGGACCCCCGGCCCCGCUCCGAAGAUGCGGAGCAGACCCGGCUCUCCCUGGAGCUCCGCGACUCCUUCGCCUUCCUGGACGGCCCCGAGACGUGGCUGGAGGGCGGCGGGGACGCGGAGGCGGCGGCGCGGAGCCCCGGGACCGGGGAUGAGACCCCCGGGAUGGGGGAGGGGACCCUCAGGAUGGAGGAAUGGACCCCCGAGAUGGAGGAUGGGACCCUCGGGAUCCAGGAAUGGACCCUCAGGAUCGAGGAUGAGACCCCCGGGAUCGAUGACGGGACCCCCGGGAUCGGGGACGGGUUCCCAGCCAUGGAGGAGGGCAUGGAGAGCGGGUUCAUGAACCCAGGUGAGCGCUGGGCGGAGCAGCCGGACAGUUACCUGUCCAUCGAGGAGUGCACGGAGCAGGACAUGUUCUUCCUGGCCCCCGGCGCCUCCGACCCCGACUCCGACCCCGACGAAAUCUUCCUGAGCGCCCACGACGAGCUCAGCCCGCUGGGGACCCCCGAGGGACCCCCGGGAGAGGGGACAGCCCUGGAGAUCCCAGAGAUCCCAGAGAUCCCGGAGAUCCCAGGGACCCCAAAAGUCCUGGAGAUCCUGGAGAUCCCAGAGGCCCCAAAAAUCCCAAAAGUCCUGGAGGCCCUGGAGAUCCAUGAGAUCCCAGAGACCCAAGGGAUCCCAGAAAUCCCAAAUCCAGGUGAGCGCUGGGCGGAGCAGCCGGACAGUUACCUGUCCAUCGAGGAGUGCACGGAGCAGGACAUGUUCUUCCUGGCCCCCGGCGCCUCCGACCCCGACUCCGACCCCGACGAAAUCUUCCUGAGCGCCCACGACGAGCUCAGCCCGCUGGGGACCCCCGAGGGACCCCCGGGAGAGGGGACAGCCCUGGAGAUCCCAGAGAUCCCAGAGAUCCCGGAGAUCCCAGGGACCCCAAAAGUCCUGGAGAUCCUGGAGAUCCCAGAGGCCCCAAAAAUCCCAAAAGUCCUGGAGGCCCUGGAGAUCCCAGAGACCCAAGGGAUCCCAGAAAUCCCAAAUGUCCUGGAGAUCCCAGAGACCCCAAAAGUCCUGGAGACCCCAGAAAUCCCAGAGAUUCUGGCCCAAACACCCCUGGAAAAGAACGAAGGGGCCGAUGGCACCCCCGGGACCCCCCCGACCUCUCCCCCUGCCCCGACCCCUGGAGGUGCCCCCAAAAACCUGGAGCUGACCCAGGAUGAGCCCCCCAAAAACCUGGAGACCCCCAGGCCCUCGGAGCUGAUCCAGGAUGGGUCCCCAAAGUUGAUCCAGGAUGAGCCCCCCAAAAUCCCGGAGCUGACCCGGGAUGAGCUCCCCAAAAUCCCGGAGCUGAUCCAGGAUGGGUCCCCAAAGUUGAUCCAGGAUGAGCCCCCCAAAAUCCCGGAGCUGACCCGGGAUGAGUCCCCCAAAAUCCCGGAGCUGAUCCACGCAGAUCCCCCCAAAUCCCUGCAGCUCCCUGGACCCCUGGAGCCCCCAAAAUUCCUGGAGCCGAUUUGGGAUGAGCUCCCCAGACCCCUGGAGCUGAUCCAGGACGAGCCCCCCAGAAUCUCAGAGCCCCCCAAAUCCCCGGAGAGCCCCAAACCCCCCGGGCUGAUCCAGGAUGAGCCCCCCAAAUCCCUGAAGCCGAUCCUGGCUGAGCCCCCCGAAUUCUGGGACACCCCCAGACCCCUGGAGCCGAUCUGGGAUGAAUCCCCCAAAUGCCAGGACCCCCCGGGACCCCCAAAUCCGAUCUGGGACGGGCGCCCCAAAUCCCUGGGCCCGCUGCUGGCUGAGCCCCCCGAAUCCCAGGACCCCCCGGGACCCCCAAAUCCGAUCCGGGACGGGCGCCCCAAAUCCCUGGGGCCGCUCCCGGCCCCCUCGCGCAGCUCCCGCCGCCCCCUCCCCAUUUUGGGGGGGCGGGUGCUGCUGGCCCGGGCCGUGCCCGUGCGCCCGGCCCUGUCCCCACGCCCCCACCGCGACCCUCACCGAGCGCCGCCCUCUUCCAACAUGGCGCCGCCCUCACCCAAGAUGGCGGCGGGGCGGCGGAAGCGCCGCGCGCCUUCGCCGUCUAAGAUGGCGCCGCGCGCUGCGCCGCGCGCUAAGAUGGCGCCGGGCCGUGAGGGCGGCCCUGCCCGGCGCCAAGAUGGCGGCGCGGAACGGCGCGGCGCGGCGCCCCGGCCCAAGAUGGCGGCGCGAAGCCGGGCCGGGGCCGCGUGA